AUGUUGGAAGAGCUCGAAGAGAACAAGAAGAGCGUGGCCAACUUGCGUCAGGAAUUGAAAGACACGACUGGCAAGUUGGACGAGGUAGUCCACGAACUCAAGGAAGCCGAUGCGAGCAAGACUCGCGCAGAAGUUGAGUUGAAGAACAUCUCACAAAAAACGCUUGAAAGUAAGGAGGCCCAAGUGCAAAUACAAAGUCAACGGCAGCAGCUGCUUGCCGAGCAAGAGCGCUUGGAAACACAACGGCUCCAGCAGGAGGAAAUGCGUCGACUUGCAGCUUUGGAGGAGCGGCGCCAGGAGGCACUUCGGCAGGAGGCCGAGCGGCAGCGGCUUGCAGAGCUGCAGCGAUUGCAGCGUGAAGCAGAAGAGAAGCUGCGCAGAGAGGAGUUGCUGGAGAAGCGUCUGGAAUCCAUCCGACGUCAAGAAGAGGAGAAGGAGAAACGAGCGGCAGCAAUGCAACAGGAAGAGCUACGGCGGAAAGAAGCCGAACAACAGAGUCAAUCGCAGCAACAAGACUUUCUACCUAGCGAGUGUGACGAGGUGAGCCGAAAUGAGCACCUAAAGCAGGUCGCGGAGGACCAGGAACACCAAGACGGCAGAAAUAGCGAGGAGGUUCCGCAGCAACAAGCGAUGCAAACAAAUGAGGAGGCCUUGCAGCAAUCACGCGAGCACUUGCCCGAAGAUGCAGCAGGACUGGCAGGACCGUGUGCGCAAGAGGAGCAUUGCAACCAGGAGGAGCUAGAUAUGAAGCGAGAGAAGGUGGAAGAUUUAGACAGCCAGGAGGAGAGAAUGUGCAAAACUCAGGUGUUGGAGCAGGAGCCAAGCUCGAGACAAAGCCAACAAGAGGAGCUCCGAACAGUGGCAACGAAUCUGGCCGAGCUGGAAGGGCAGGACCAUGGCAAGGAGCCUCCCCUGCAG